CUCUAAAGUUUGCGUUAAGUAAAUAUCAAAAGCUUUCUUCUAUGUUUUACAGUUUGUAUAUAAAACUUCAGGGUAAGGUUUAGAAUGUUAGAAUGUACAUCAAACUUAUAUCAUUACACUGUUUCACAUUGUCCAAACAACCAUGGUUCUAUAUCUGAUUUCGUUACUUCCUAUCAUCGUCGCCACCAUUAUGCUUUAUCAAAGAUGGUGGAGAUCCAACAUACCGCCGGGACCAAAACCAAAGUUUCUUAUCGGAAACCUCCACCAAAUGAAACCACUUUGGACGCAUUCUUUCUCGGAGUGGUCAGAGGCUUAUGGUCCCAUCAUAUCAGUGUGGAUAGGCUCGCAGCUCACGGUCGUGGUCUCGAGUGCUGAUUUAGCCAGACAAGUGCUGAGAGACAAAGACCAUCAAUUGUCUAACCGACACAGGACCGCUAGCAUGACUCAGACCGGUACUGAUCUUGUUUGGUCCGAUUACAGUCCACAUUAUGUAAAAUUGAGGAAACUCUGUACCCUCGAGCUCUUCUCUCUGAAAAGCAUUGAGAAUUUCAGGUCGUUGAGAGAGAUGGAAGCAAGAUCGAUGGUUGUGUCGGUUCUAAGGGACUUAAUGAGCAAUGCAAACGAUGGCCAGGCAAGAAAACCGGUGAUCGUGAGGAAGUACCUAGCUGCAGUUGUUUUGAACACUAUCUCAAGACUAAUGAUCGGGAAAGAGUUCGGGACAGAGGAAGGACAAGAGUUUAAAUCGAUCGUUGAGAAAGAACAUCUUCUCAGUGGCUCAGGGACGCUUUUUGAUCAUGUCUGGUGGCUCAAAUGGGUUUCGUCUUGGUUCAUUAGCGAUAAGGAAUUCUUAGGUCACAAGGAUCGGAGAACAAAAUGGUUUAGAGGAGCUAUAAUGGUGGAAGAAGAUGUACCAAUAGAGGACCACAAGGGUUUUGUUAGGAAAUUGCUGGUUUUGAAAGAGCAGAAAGAGCUCAGCGAAGAGACCGUUGGGGGACUAGUAUGGAACAUGUUAACUGCGGGUGCUGAUACAACUGCGGUUGUUAUCGAAUGGGCUAUGGCAGAGAUGAUCAAAUGCCCUACCGUGCAACAAAAGGCACAACAGGAGCUUGAUUCCGUGGUCGGAAAGCAACGGUUAAUGUCUGAAUCAGAUAUUCCAAAACUACCAUAUCUGCAAUGCGUGGUUAAAGAAGCUCUCCGGCUUCACCCAUCAACACCGUUAAUGCUUCCGCACAAAGCAAGCGAAACUGUUUGGGUAGGUGGCUAUAAGGUCCCUAAGGGAGCCACGGUUUAUGUCAAUGUGCAGGCGAUUGGGCGUGACCCCGCAAACUGGAGAAACCCGUAUGAAUUUAGACCAGAGCGGUUUCUUCAGGAGGAAACCGAUGUUAAAGGUCGAGACUUUAGAGUUCUUCCAUUCGGAUCGGGGAGACGGAUGUGUCCAGCGGCACAGCUCAGCAUGAACUUGAUGACAUUGGUGAUGGGGAAUUUGUUGCAAUGCUUCUCAUGGAGUUCUCCUAUUCCUGGAGAGAAGAUUGACAUGAGCGAGAAUCCUGGAUUGCUUUGUAACAUGAGGACACCAUUGCAGGCUAUAGCUUUGCCUAGACUGCCUCAAGAGUUAUACCUUUACCUUUAG